AUGAGCGAUCAUGAAGAUAAUCGAGAGGAUGAUGACUCUCAUAGUCGAUCAUCACGAGAAAGGCGAGUUAGUAAUAAUGACGACAGUGGCAGCAAUCAUUCUCAUCGAUCAUCAAGCAAACGAAAGAGUUCAAAAGAUCUAAUGAGUAUUGGUAAAAAAAUUGCUGAAAAAAGUGGUGGUCUUUUUUCACCUGAAGAUUGGCAAUGCAAAAGCUGUGGAAAUAUUAAUUGGGCACGUCGAUCAACUUGUAACAUGUGUAAUAUGCCGAAAUUUCAAAAAUCUGAAGCUCGAACUGGUGCGGGUGGUGGAUACAAUGAACGCGAUGAUGUUGAGUAUAACGAACGUGCUCAAGAAUCCGAUGGAGAAUAUGAUGAAUUUGGACGUAAGAAGAAAAAAUAUCGUGGUCCAACAACCGACGACGACGACGACGAAGAGCCAAUAGAUAAAAAACGAAGUACAACUAGCUCGAAGUCUCGAUCGUUGGGAGAGGUCGUUGCAGAAGAUGAAGACGAGGAUGACGAUGAAGAGUUUGAUGCUUCAAAAUACGCAUUAGAUACUGAUGAUGAAGAUAAUCAAAAAAGUGAAAAAGCAAGUUCAUCGAGUAGCAGUAAUAAAAAACCAUCGAAUAAAAAUGGACGCCGAAAUUCACGAUCUCGUUCGAAUUCAGCAUCUUCAGAUAGUCGUUCAUCAUCUCGUGAUGGUCAUCGUCGUUCAUCGCAUGAUAAAAAAUCUAGCCGACAUGAUAAAGCAUCUUCGUCGACUAGCUAUAAACGACGAUCUAUUUCACCACAUGCUUCAAAAAGAAAAGAUGACUAUCAUGAACGACGACGAUCAAGAUCUCGUUCACCUGUCCAAACAUCAAGUCGAGGUCAUCAUAAGAGUCAUCGUCAUUAG